CCUUCGCACUGGCUGCAGAGAGGAAGGUCCGCUUCGAAUAUUUACGGCUGGCGUCUGGCGUCCUCUGCUGCCGUUUUUCUCAUUCUCAAGCAACAUAAGAAAAACGCUAAAUGGUUUGACGCAAAUCAGCCUUUUUUUUGUUUCUUUGGUUUGUUUACACGCCAUGUCCCCUUCAUCUCUCCUCCCACAGCUCAACUGGAAGGGCGAUGACAUCGAGCAGGACAAGUCCCUCGCGUUCAUCAACUGGGAUGCGUUGAGAAAUCAUGCAGCCGCUGUCAAACGAGAACUGGACGGUGCUGCUUGCUCAUGUCAUCUUUCUCGCGAAUACAACAUGGGCGGCCUGCACGUUGUCCGGCGGAUCGACUUCGACGACGGCCAUCGGUGGGUUGCCCGGCUGCAGCUGGAGCCGCCGACGCCCGAGUCUAGUCUGCGCCUGCAGAAUGAAGUCGACACCCUGGCGGCUGUCCGCGCGAAAUCUAAAAUCCCUGUUCCGCGAGUUUUCGCCCACGAUGCCUCGGGGGAGGUGGGCGUCGGUGUUGUCUUCAUGUUGAUUGAGUUCGUCCCGGGCGACACCGCCAUGGACUCGUUCGGCGGUUGGGACGCCCGCAAGGGUGAAACGCCUGCCCGGUUCAAGGAUAAGUUCCACGCAGCACUUGCCGACAUACAAGUCGAGAUGGCGUCGAUACGCUUCGACAAGAUCGGCGCCAUUGUUUACCAUGACGGCGAGUUCGCUGUCGGGCCCAUCCCGAAUCUCGGCGGCCCGUUCGACACGGCAGCAGAGUUCUUCGAGGCUUGGGCCGGUGCAGCCAAGUUCCCCUACAAAGAAGCAACUAUCCGACCCCGCACCCCCGUGCAUCUGGUGGACGAAAUAUUGUCGGCGAUUUGGUCCUUUCCGUCAGGGGUGAGGGAGCUGAGUCGGCGAUAUCCGUUCCGGAGCGGCCCUUUCCCGCUCAUUCACACGGAUCUCUACAGCAGCAACAUCAUCAUCGACGCUGACUACAAUAUCCUGUCGGUCAUCGAUUGGGAAAACUCGCUGGUGGGACCGUGGGAGUUGGUCGAGUUCAACAAGGAGCUAUCUGUUGUUCCCGCCGUCAUGGAUGGCCCUGUUUUCAGCAAGUCGGCGCAGGGGAUCGCCAUGCAAUCCUCCCGAGCAGAAUACAUCAAGCUCGUCCAGCAAGCAGAGGAGAGAGGGCAGCAUGAUACCACUCUGUCUACGAUACUGUCUGACGAAAGAGUGCAGGCCUUUGCUCAUGCUUUCUGGCUGUAUGGGGAGGGGCGCAUUGGGUUCUAUGACCGAGUCCUUAAGUUGCUGGACUACGAGAAUGUUGCGUCACACAAUCCCAACUUUGACCUCGACCUUUCCUAGACUUGAGUUUGCGCGCGCAGUGGGUGAAAUACUCGAGUAAGAAAGGCGUCAGAACCAAGUUCAGGAGCCCUGACACGCACGCCAUUCCCUGCGCGUUUCCGAGAGCUGCGUCAAUACGUGGCCCUGAGCCUCUGCACCAGGUACUCGCCGCUGUUGAUACCCUCGUACUUCUUGUCCGCCUCGGUGGCGUACGUGCCUGGGAGAGCCUCGAUGAAGUCCUUGAAGUUGGGGUUGCAGAAGUACCUAGCCACGCGACAGUUAACACGCCGUUAGGUACUUUUCCACCCGCAUCCCAAAUCUGAAGCGAUGAACCAACU